CAUGUUCGCAUGUCUUUAUGCGUUUAUAUCGUCACAAAUUAAAAUGUAAACAAAUAAUUAUAGUUUAUGAGUGAAACAUCUCUCUCUCUUGUCAAAGACAAAAUGUCGAAUACCAGUGUUAAUUGUGUGCGUGUGUUUUUAUUUGUGGCGUUGUUUAUGUUAAAUCAAAUUAAAUGUAAUACAUUUGUUAAUGAAUUAUUACUAAGUGAACAUCGACAUGUGCAUUGUUCACACGAACACCCUAAAGAAGAUCAAGUAGUCCGCGGGGUUCAUAUAGAGCCAGCACAUCUAGUUAAAAGAAGAAGUAUCGACCAGCCACUUAGAAUUAGUAUAUUUUAUGAUCAUUCUGUAUAUAGGUUAGAACCGGAGAAAUUCGACAUGAUUAAUAACACAAUAUUACCAGAGGCGGUAAAGUUUUGGGAGCAAGCGUUGAAAGUACGAAAGACUGGUGGCCCGAUAAAACUUAACAGAAAAUGUCCUACUCGUCAAGUGUUCAUACGUGGUGGUCGAUCACAUUGUAUUGAUGCUUGUAACGCUGAGACGAUGUGCGGAGAGGUUAGAGUACCGGAAUAUCAUCUGAAUCCAUGUUACGUGUGUAAUAGUACGGGACAUAACUGCAGAGCGUUGCCAACAAAAUUGGAAGAGGACUUAGAACUAACUACUGAGACGAAUAACGAUAACACUACGGAACCAACAGUACCGACAGAAGAAUUAGAAGCGACAGGGGUAGAAGAUACUGACUUCGUGUUAUACGUGAGUGCGGUAGAGACGGAGAGAUGUAGGCGUGGUUUAACUGUUGCGUACGCGUCGCAUUGUCAACAGGAAUCUGCGUUAGACAGACCAGUAGCUGGACAUGCUAAUUUCUGUCCUGGAGAAUUGUCUACAAACUAUAGAGAUCUGCCAUCUGUCUUGUCAACUGUAAAACAUGAGAUGUUGCACGCUUUGGGUUUCAGUGUGUCGUUGUUUGGAUUUUAUAGAGAUGAUAAUGGUGAACCAUUGACAGAAAGAAGACCAGACACUGGAGAUCCACCACUUGAUGAAGAGCUUCAGAUUCACAAAUGGUCAUCUCGUGUAGUUAAAAACAUAACUCGCAGGAAUUGGAUGAUACGAGGUGGUUACAUGUCGCGGACUUUUCAUAUGAUUGUCACACCUAGAGUUGUUAAAGAGGUCCGAGAACAUUUUAACUGUUCAGAUUUGGAAGGUGCAGAAUUAGAAGAUCAAGGAGGUGAUGGUACUGCACUAACACAUUGGGAGAAAAGGGUCUUUGAAAACGAAGCGAUGACUGGUACGCAUACCCAAAAUUCAGUGUUCAGUCGUAUAACAUUUGCCCUGAUGGAGGACACGGGCUGGUACCGCGCUGACUACACGCACGCGAGCCCCCUGCACUGGGGCAAGGGGCUCGGCUGCAGGUUCGCGAUGGCCUCCUGCAAGCAAUGGCUGAACACACAAAGGUUGAGACGUAAGAACCCAGCUCCGUUCUGUGAGAGAGUGAAAGGUGAUCCAUUGAGGACGGAAUGCUCUCCGAAAAGAACAGCUGUAGUUCUCUGUAAUUUGGUCCGACACGAGAAUAUAUUGCCUAGAGCUUAUCAGCACUUCGACCUCCUACCGAACGUGCCCCCAGGAGAUGAGGCACACUAUGGGGGGUCAGUAUCUCUGGCGGACUACUGCCCAUACCUGCAGGAGUUCACCUGGAGACACAAGAGUGUACUCAUACGAGGCAGUCGGUGCUCAUACGAAGAGAAUACGCCAAAGACUGAUGUUAAUUUCGCAUUAGAAAAUUACGGACCCCAUUCGAAAUGUUUCGAUCACAGCGACAGAGUGUGGGAACAGAAAUCUUGUAGACAGAUAAGAGAAUGGCAGCAUUGGGGCUCCGGUUGCUACAAAUAUAAAUGUCAAAGUGGAAGAUUGCAUAUUGUGGUGGGCAACUACUCGUACACGUGCUAUCACGCUGGUCAGGUGCUGCAAGUGAGGAUCAUGCAGCGCGGCUGGCUGCAUCGCGGCGGCGUCGUCUGCCCACCCUGCAGGGAGCUCUGCUCUGAAGAAUUCCAAUCUCGUGGCGAAUAUUGCAAAGGAGGUGAAGAAGCACCGCCACCUAAUUUAUAUCCAAACGAUUUGUUAGUGUGUAAAUCACCCGCGCUUUUGCCCGCCGCCAUCUUGUUAUUAUCCGCCAUCUUGUGUAUCUAUACUAUCUGACAUUUAUGUGAUUUAUAAACGUUACCAUUGUGAAAUAAAUAAAAUAAAUUUAUCUGGCCCCUUGAAUAGCUGUUCUAGUGGUCAUUUUUGACAGUUACAGUCUGUAUUAAUUUAGUGUCAUUUAUGGGUAUAAAUGACACUACCGGGUCAGAUAAGUUUGUGGGACUAUAAUAUAUUCGACUGAAAUUGUUAAAGUAAUUGGAAAUUACGAAAUUAAUAAUGACUUAUUUAAUAAAUU